AUGGGUGGAGGGGAGGAGGGGUCAUAUGAAGCCCCGCCCAUAGGCUCUCUACUGGACGUCCUGCUGAAGAACAAACACAACACUGGAGCAGUGAACCAGGUCUGGCCCAGACUCUACCUCAGCAACGCUUGCAGGUCUGUAGCCAAAGACAUAGCUCUGCUGCAGGAUUUGAGAGUGUCCCACAUAGUGAACGCUGCACACGGCACAGAGCGGAUCGACACUGGACCUGGUUACUACAGCGACGCAGGUGUGGUGUACCUGGGCGUGGCGGCGGACGACAGCAAAGACUUCGACAUCAGCGGCUUCUUCAGUGACACAGCGGAGUUCAUUCACUCUGCACUAAACCAAAAUGGUGUGGUCUUGGUUCACUGCGCUCGUGGGAUCAGUCGCUCUGCUGCUCUGGUUCUGUCCUUCCUCAUGAUCAAACGUGGACUCUCUCUGAUGGAGGCGCUGCAGACGGUCCGAAAACACCGGAACAUUCUCCCAAAUGCAGGAUUUCUGAACCAGCUCCGACAACUGGACACUGCACUGCAUCAACACAGGACUGAGAGAUCAUAA